AUGGGAAAUUGUUUUCGAAAAAAGAGUAACAAAGUUGCUCCUGAUCCGAGCCAAAGUAACGAUGACGUUUCUGUCAUUAUUUCGUCAAAUACUCAGUUCCGUCCGUCACCGACAGCGGUGAGAUAUGGCGACAUGGAAGAGGAGUUGAAGAAGGGCGAAGAAAUGGUUAGCUACCUUGACAGAGGUCAGGAUGCCAAAGUGGCCAUAAGCGGUGUGGCGUUUGACGUCACCUUUGACGAUAAGCCUUCUAACCUUGCCGUCACCCCAAGACGGCUACCCCCACUUCAGACAAAAGGAUCCUCAAACGCGGUCUCAUCUGGGCCUGCAAAGAAGAAAACGAGAAAGACCACACGCCAGAGCGAAGCUUCUCAAUCCGACGAUGUGGUGAUUUAUACGGCAAGUGAAAAGGAACUCAUUGCUGGUAUACUCCAUGAUGAUUUCAUUAACGAACGGAAACAAAGAGCGAGGAAACUGCAAAAUUGGAAACUUGCUAGGAAAGCCGAGGAUGAGAGGACAGAUGAACAACACGAUGACAGGACUGAUGCGUCUGCUGUAGAGGAAGACACAAAGGUAACCUAUACGGCAAGUGAAAAGGAACUCAUUGCUGGUAUACUCCAUGAUGAUUUCAUCAAAGAACGGAAACAAAAAUCUAGGAAACUGCAAAAUUGGAAACUUGCUAGGAAAGCCGAGGAUGAGAAGACAGAUGAACAACACGAUGACAGGACUGAUGCGUCUGCUGUAGAGGAAGACACAAAGGUAACCUAUACGGCAAGUGAAAAGGAACUCAUUGCUGGUAUACUCCAUGAUGAUUUCAUCAAAGAAAGGAAACAAAAGGCGAGGAAACUGCAAAAUUGGAAACUUGCUAGGAAAGCCGAGGAUGAGAGGACAGAUGAACAACACGAUGACAGGACUGAUGCGUCUGCUGUAGAAGAAGACACAAAGGUAACCUAUACGACAAGUGAAAAGGAACUCAUUGCUGGUAUACUCCAUGAUGAUUUCAUCAAAGAACGGAAACAAAAAGCGAGGAAACUGCAAAAUUGGAAACUUGCUAGGAAAGCCGAGGAUGAAAAGACAGAUGAACAACAAGCUAGCAGGACUGAGGCGUCUGCCGGGGAGGAGGAAGCGAAGAUCACUUACACUCAGUCGGAGGACCAGCUCAUUGCUGAAAUCAUGCGAGAAGACUUCCUCGCUGAGAGGAAGGCCAGGGCUAGAAGAUGCCAGACACGCAGAUGUAACCAGGAUAAUAUGGACAACGGUUGA